CCAAGAACACCCGAAGUUUCGUCGAACAAACAACCAGCGACAACGUACCCGUAUCCAGCUCGUAAUACUCGAUAAAUCGGUCACGGGAAACGCUCGCCAAGUUAUCGUUCGUUUUCAUUCAGGAGUCGGUUACAUCCAACUUCCCGUCUCUGCCCAGCUCAGCCUCGUACCCUUGCAUCCCUGAUUUCGGCACGUUCGGAACAGCCUUAACGCCGGCUCGCAUACGCUGACGCAGUUUGGAUAACUAUCGGAUUCGCAAACGGACUUUAUUUGUACGAUAUUUGUACACCGGUGAACAGCUUUUGUCGACUUUAUCAGCGUUGACUACUUGUCCGGAGUAAACCGAUCACGCCAAGCAUCCCUCGGCCUCCCCGCAUCAGCAUACAACAGACAUGACGGACAAGCUGCGCAUUUUGUCAGUUGGCAGCAACGCCAUAUCGGCCUUCUACUCGUGGAGACUACAAGCAAGUAACGCAUGCGAAACGACCUUGGUAUGGAGAAGUACGUUCGAAGCAGUUCAGUCGUUUGGCAUCACCUUCAAAUCACAAGCAUUUGGUACCGACCGCUUCAGGCCUUACAGUGUUGUACGUGCUGUUGAAGAUGCGGCAGACCCGCAGCGUCCUUUCGACUAUGUUUUCGUGUGUGUGAAGGCCUUGCCUGAUGUGUAUGACCUCGCUUCGGUUAUCGAGUCUGUUGUUACGCCGGCACACACCUGUAUUCUUGUCAACACUACCAACACUAUCGGCGUCGAGCGUUCAUUACAAGACCGCUUUCCUCGGAACUUGGUUCUCAGCUUCGUCAGUGGAGCAACGCUUUCGCAAACCGGCCCAGCAGAGUUCGAACAGACCGGUAAACCAGACGCCUGGAUUGGUACUGUAGGUGGAAAGAGUCCCCUCCCGGAGGAAAUGCAGAAAGAUAUGGCGGAGAGUUUGGCGUUAACUUUGGAGGCUGGAAUGGUUGACUGUCAUUUGUCAAAGAACAUCUUGCAGCAGCAGUUCGAGAAGAUGAUCGGACCCAUCGGGUUCCAUCCUAUCAGUGUUUUGAUGCAGGAGCCGAACCUUCAGGCGCUCGUCGAGAAUCAGACGAUUAAGGAGUUGAUUACUGAUAUCAUUGACGAGUUGUUGAACAUCGCAUACACCGCCGGAUGUUCGUUCCCUGAGGGCUACCGGGAUCAGGUCAUGGCUGAGAUGACCUCGGCGCCAACGGCUACCCCCUCGAUGAUGUACCAGGACUACCUCGCUCGCCGCCCCAUGGAGAUCGAGGUCUUCCUCGGUAACCCCUUGUUCAUGGCCAAGGAACUCGGUCUCUCUGCUGGACGUCUACAGACGAUGUAUGCGCUCCUUCAGCACACCAAUAUCAUGAAUCAGAGGCAGGCUCAUCUCCCUCCACCACCGGUUGGGGCAACAUCACCUGUCAUGCCUCCGCCGAUGUCGCGGAGACAGUCGAAUGUUUCGGUUAGACCGCCUAUGGCUCCCCCCUCUGCGUCUCAGCACCGUAUGCCCAUGCCGCCUAGGACGAAUACUGAGCCUAUGAUGGCCCCGAGAAGACCGCCGCCGAAUGGGUACCCACCGCAAGCUAUGAUGAAUGGUCGGGGCGCACGGACGGCCCCGCCGCAGUCAGUCUCGAGGCAGAACUCUGUCGAGGAUCUUCAGGAGUUUGCUAAUAUCGCGUUGUAUGGUGACCGGGUCGGACAGGAUAGCAGUGAUGGGCCAUACAUGCGCCCCAGACCGCGCAACCCGGAGCAGGACUUGCAGAUCCGUGAGCGUGAGUUGGCACUUAGGCAGCGUGAGCUCGCUCUGAGGGAGAGGGAGAUGGCGCUUCCUCAGGGACGAGGACCCGCUGGACCUCCGCCUGUUGGUGUUCCGAAGGCCCGUCCGGGUAAGGUUUCCAGGAAGAAGUCGACGAUGGAUUUCGAUGAUAGCGAUGAUGGUGAUGAUUUUGCGCCUAUUGGUGGUGGUGCGCCGAUGUUGCCUCCGGGCGUUAACCCGGAUGAGAUCGAUAUGAUUGCGUUCACGGCGAAGAAGAGGGCGUUGAGAGGGAAGCCUCCUGCCAGGUCCGCUGCUGCGAUUGGGGACAGUGGACGUUCUAUGACGUUUAAUGGGCGUUUCAGGCUCCCGAGAAAUAGGUCUUCGGCGAAUGUCCAUAAUGAUGGUUUGGCUGGUUUGAAUGAUCCUAUCAUGGAGCACCCCAUGCACUCGUUCGCGUCGAACAGGUACCCGGGUGUCGACACAAAGAGCUUGGUUGACACGAGUCGGGCGAACUCUUUGACUGCAGCGAGUUUGGCGGAGAGAGAGGGACCGUAUCCGUCGAUGCAGGGUCCAUCGAUGAGUCGUGGUGGGCCUUACCCAAGGCAAAUGGGAGUCGGAGGUAUUCCCAACAGGGGGUACCCGCCACCGAGCAUGAACCCCAGUAUGGUGUCCUUGAGGUCUGUUAGGGAUGGGCCUUAUCCCCCUGGUCCGUACCCGGGACCCAUGUCGAACGGUAAUGGACCAUACCCACCGAGGGGUCCCCCGCCUGUGAAGAGCCCUAUGAACGAUCCGUACCGCAGUGUCACGGGUAGUGCGAGCGCGAGCGGUGGAAGUGGUAGCCAGCAUGGUGACAUCGGAGAGAACGCAAGUGGAAAUAGCAGCACCAGUUCUUUCGAGCGAGCUCAACACCAGCAGCAACAGGCUCAGAACGUGAUCUAG